AUGUCUGAACAAGAGCGCAUACAGGAAUGCCUGAGGAAAGAAAUAAGGUCGCUUCUCAUUUCCACCAAAGAUGGUUUGACCCCACAGCAGUUGGAAAAGGAAUAUCUUUUGAUGGUUGGCAGCCAUCUACCACUGCGAGUCCUUGGAUAUCGGUCCACUAUGGAGCUGGUGUUGGACAUGCCUGAUGUUGUUAGUGUCUGCCCCUGCGGGGACGGUACUGUAAUAUUGAAAGCCAUUCCGGAUGAAUCCACCAAAGGAAUAGCAAGUUUAGUUGCAAAACAGAGGAGCAGCCAUAAGGUUCGAAACUCCAUGCAGAAGGGACGGGCCAGUGUGUGUUCUGGGCCAACCUCUCGUCGGAGAGUACCUUACCGAGGAAGGGUUCCCCCUAUUCUUCCUGCUGUUGUGAAGAGUGAAUUGAAGGACCUGUUAGCGUUAUCUCCUGUUCUCCUUUCUGAUUUUGAAAGAGCAUUUUCCAGGCGAUUUGGGCGAUCAUUCCAAUAUAUGCAAUAUGGAUUCCUCUCUAUGUUUGAAGUGCUGAAUGCAGCUUCUGAUGUCAUUUCUGUAGAGCAGACCAGAGCAGGUUCUUUGUUGACCCUAAAGAAGAGUGUAGUAGAGGACAAGCAGAGAGGAUGGUCAGCAGGUAAAAUUUUUACCCAGCCAUUUAGAAUGAAACAAGGGUCAUACUCCACAGGCUCCCCGGUAGCAAAGGCACGAUUUUCACAACCUACUUCAAACAUGGAACCACCAAAGCAAAUACUGAACAUGGAAAAGACUUCCAAGUUAAAUGGAAGUGGAGUAGUGGAGACUUCCAGACUGAAUCACACUGAAAAAUUAAGCCAGUUGGAAAAUACAUUCAAAUCAGUUAUUGCACAAAUUGGACCUGGAGGAACUGUCAGUCCAGAACUAAAACAUAAGAUAAAAUUUGUUGUAUCUAAGUUUCCAGAGGGUUUGUUCAUUUCUAAACUACUUAGGGAGUUUGAGUUAACUUUUAAAGAGCAGCUUUCACCAAAAAAAUUGGGCUUUCUAAAUGUGACAGAACUUGUUGGAGCUCUUAGUGACAUUCUCCAUGUUGAGUUCAGGGAAGGAGAACAAGACUUAAUAGUGUUUGAUGCUGAUAAGAAGCCUCUACCACCUGUUCAAUCAGAUAAGAAAAUAGAAGCCAAAGCUUAUGUCUCCAGUCCCCCUAGAAAUUCACUGUCUGCUACUCCAAUCAAGGGGACUUCAUGGGAUUGCCCUUCAAAAAACUACAAAGAACCACAACAGAAGAUUUACAAGAAGCCCAAUGUGGUGGUAAAGCCUUUACAGCUGCAAGUAGAAAUGAACAAAUCACAGCUCAACCUGCCAGUGGCAAAUCAUGACAUCCCACCAGAUGCUGUACGGGACAAGAAAUUAUGCAGACUUCCGCCAUUAGAUACCAGUACCCUUGUAGGGGUCUUUGUGGAAUAUAUCAUCUCUCCUAGUCAAUUCUACAUCCGUAUCUAUAGCAGGGAUUCAUCAGAGUUACUCGAAGACAUGAUGAUUGAAAUGCGGCGCUGUUAUUCUAAUCAAUUGGUUUCUGAUCGAUAUGUCAUGCCUGAAUCUUUUAUCCAACCGGGACAUCUCUGUUGUGUGAGGAUUUCAGAGGAUAAGUGGUGGUAUCGGGUCAUUAUCCAUCGAGUCCUUGGAAAACAGGAAGUUGAAGUGUUCUAUCCAGACUUUGGAAAUAUCGGAACUGUUCAGAAAUCCUCUCUGAGGUUCCUCAAGUGCUGCUACACAAAGCUUCCAGCUCAGGCUAUCCCUUGUUCUUUGGCUUGGGUGAGACCAGUAGAGGAACACUGGACAUGCAGAGCUAUUUUGCAGUUUCAGAAGUUGUGUGGUUUGAAGCCAUUGGUAGGGGUAGUGGAUGAAUAUGUAGAUGGAAUCCUUAAUAUUUUUCUGUGUGAUACAUCCUCAAAUGAAGACAUAUAUUUCCAUCAUGUCUUAAGAACAGAGGGCCAUGCAAUUGUUUGCCGAGAAAAUGUCCCUUCUAAGGGUUUCAGAGAACUCAACCCUUUAGCUUUAUACACUAAAUCCAGUGGAGGGCCAGAGGAUGUUGUCUUGACAGAACUGGGUUAUCCUUCCCAGCAGCACUAUUUUAAUGAAGACCGAAAGAUAAGUCCACAAUCAAAAGAGAGUGAAUUACAUACCCUGCAAGAUAUUAGUGAAAAGAAGUCUUUAAGUCACCCUAAAUGUGAGUCAAAGGAGCCAUUAAAGGAUUCUGAAUUUAUUUCUUUGAAAACCCAUGAAAAGACCUGUGAAGAAGAUCCAAAGUUGUCCAUCUCAGAGCCAAAGGAUCUGAAGGAAGAAAAUGAGGAUGAUAUCCCCACUGGAAUGCCAUGCUUGGAGUCAGUGACUAUAGGUGAUGAUAUUUGGGAUGAGAACUGGUUACCUCUGCAGGCUAAGAUGGGAGAUGGAGAUAAUGCUGCUUCCCAUCUGUUUACCUCAAGGCUUGGUGGAAAGAAACCAUAUCCAUCAUGUGAAGAAAUACCACAGAAGGAUUGGUGUUUUUCUGCAUCCGGAGAUAUAUGGGAUGAUUCAUGGCAGCCUUCAGGUCCUGUGAGUGGAAUGAAAGUAGAAGUUCAAAAACCAGAAGGACUGAGUUCUCAGGAGAAAAAUACUAAUGCAACCAGGAUUCAAAAGCAGCCGAACUCAGAGGAUUCUCCAGAUUCUUCUAUACUGCCCAAAUUGGAAGAAUUCUGCAUCUCUGUUAUCCAGUCGCAGCAGUCAACAGAAGGGGGCCAGUUUGAACCUACCAACAUUCAGACUCAGCUCAAUCAAAUUCAGCUAUCCACAGCAGCCCUUGAUUCCACUCCUGCAGUAGUUGAUUCCCCCCCAAACCAGUCAGGUUCAGUGGAAAGCUCUCCAAGGAGCCUAAAGAAUGAAGACUUUUCUAGUAGCCAUGCUGUUACAGUGUUCAAAGACAAGAGUCAAGGAGCCAUGGACCAGCUCUCUUUGAUCUUAUCUUCUGAGCACCAGAUUUCUCAGAAGCUCUACAUUCCUCGAAGUACAGCCACUGCUGCCUUAGGAGCUGCUGCACGGUUAGCUAUGUCCAGGAGCCUUCUACACUGGUACCCCAGUGUGAAAAGGAUGGAAGCGUGA